GCUGAAUAAUAAUCCUUACAGAAUUAAAGACCCAAUUUUUCUUUUUCCAGUUUAAGAAAUCAUUCCUUGUUCAAAUACUGAAUAGAUUCACUGGUUAAUUUAAUUUCGUCGUUGCUCUAAGGCUAUGCCACAAUGACGAUCUAUUCUCCUCUCACCAAAAACGUAGUCUGCUCGAUCGGAAAUCUCCAAAAACCGACGAUUAUUCGUGUUUUUACCACCAAAGCAAAUUAUUGUUGCCCGAUAAGUGUCUUUCAAUCCUUUCAAAGAAACUAUUCUGGUUACGGUACAGCCGUACGUAGCCCUAGUUGCCGUUCACUUGCGUUCAAAAAAAUCGUUAGUCCUAAACAAACAGAAACCUCGAGAUGUAAUAAUAUAGGACCUUUUUCUUGGCAACAACGUGGUUUAUCCGGUGGUCUUUUUAUCGGGUUGUUCGUUUGUUUUUCUACUUCACAACCUUCUUAUGCCGAUGUUUCUGGGGGAGAUGAAAAGAAAGAAAGAAGUUGUGACGAUGAUUCUUCGGCUGACUUUUCGCGUAAGAAAAAUGUGUUGACGGACUACUCUGUGAUUGGUAUACCUGGAGACGGGAGAUGCUUGUUUCGAUCCGUUGCUCAUGGAGCUUGCGUACAAUCGGGAAAGCCUGCACCGAACGAGAAUCUUCAGAGGGAACUAGCAGACGAAAUACGGGCUAGAGUGGCUGAUGAAUUCAUCAAGAGACGGGAAGAAACAGAAUGGUUCAUAGAAGGUGAUUUUGAGACGUACGUUUCACAAAUAAGGAAGCCUCACGUGUGGGGAGGCGAACCCGAAUUGUUGAUGGCUUCUCAUGUACUCCAGAUGCCGAUAACAGUGUACAUGCACGACAAAGAUUACGGUGGCUUGAUAUCGAUCGCGGAAUACGGGCAAGAGUACGAUAAACACAAUCCUAUCAAAGUCCUAUAUCACGGUUACGGUCACUACGACGCACUACACAUUCCUUGCAAGGGAGAUCCGAGGCCUAGGCUUUGAGGUUGAUUCCGCUCCGUAUAUCUCAUUAAUUCGAAAUAAUGAUAACCGGAAGAUAUUUCAUGGACCACACAACACAACACAACACCACACUUAUGUGAAAGUGCAUUUUAUCUCUUGUCUUUACAUAAAAUUUUGUCAGAAAGUGUGUCUUAUGUUUGUGGGAUGUAAUGAAAAAAAGGUAGGUUUCCUUUGACAACUUUCAUCAUACUGUGUGCCCACCACCACCACCACCAGCAGUGGUGUUGUGUAAUCCAGCCCUUCACUACCCAUUUUUGUCUCGAGGGGUAAAAUAGUAAUUUCACAUUAUGGUUCAUUUUCUUUGGAUUUCAAUUUUUCUUGCUUUCAGCAAGUUCUCU